AUGCGGCGCGGCGGUGUAGGUUCUGCGGUGAGCGCCCGGGACGCAGCGUCCGGUGCCCUGGGAGCGGGCGUUCUCGUGUCCGCGCAGUGCUUCCCGGACUCAGUGGUUUUCGAGGAUGUGGUUGUGGACUUCACCCAAGAGGAGUGGGCUAUGCUGAAUCCUUCUCAGAGGAAGCUCUACAGAGAUGUGAUGCUGGAGACCUUCAGGAACCUGGUCUCAGUAGAUGAUGAGACUCAAUUUAAAACCAUUGGGUCCAUUUCUCAGCAGGAUAGUUUUGGAGAAAAAUUAUCCAAUGAACAGAAAAUAGCAAGAUUCACAAAAAAUGAUUUCUGGACCUCCCUUUUUGGAGAAAAUUGGGAAGACCAGUGCAUUGAAGAUAAACACAACAAUGAGGGAAGAUAUUUGAGCAGAAGUCAUAUAGUGGAGAGACUCUGUGAAAGUAGCAAAGGUGAUACAUGUGGAGAAAUUGUCAGCCAUAUUCCAAAUAUUAAGCUGUACAAGAAAACUUCCAGUGGAGUAAAACUGUAUGAAUGCAGUCAGUGUGGAAAAGUCUUCAGGCAUCGUUCAUCCCUUAAGAGGCACAAAAGGAGUCACACUGGACGCAAACUUUAUCAAUGUGAGGAAUGUGGGAAAGCCUUCAGUUGUUCUUCAUACCUGAGGAAUCAUGUGAAAACUCACAGUGGAGAGAAACCCUAUGCAUGUCAGCUUUGUGGGAAAACAUUUAUUCGUUCCCAUUCCCUCACUGGACAUAUAAGGAGUCACACUGGAGAGAAACCCUAUGAAUGUAAGCAGUGUGGAAAAGCCUUCAGUUGCCCUAAAUCCUUUCGAGUACAUGUGAUGAUGCAUAAUGGUGGGAAACCCUAUGAAUGUAAGCAGUGUGGGAAAGGCUUUAGCUGUCCCAAAUCCUUUCGAGUACAUAUGAUAAUGCACACUGGAGAGAAACCCUAUGAAUGUAAGCAGUGUGGGAAAGGCUACUGUUGGCUCACAUCCUUUCAGAGACAUGUGAGAAUUCACAAUGGAGAGAAACCCUAUAAAUGUGAAAAAUGUGGGAAAGCAUUUGGUUGGCCCUCAUCCUUACACAAACAUGUCAGAAUGCACACUGAAGACAAACCUGUAAAUGCAAACAACGUGGGCAGGCCUUCAGUUGGCCCCCAUCCUUCCAAAAAUGUAAGAAUGCAGACUGGAGAGAAACCCUAUAGGUGUGAAGAGUGUGGGAAAACAUUUGGUUGGUCUUCGUCCUUGCACAAACAUAACAGAAAUCACAGUGGAGAGAAACCCGUAAAUGCAAGCCAUGUGGGAAAACUUUCAGUUGGCCCUCAUUCUUCCAAAAAUAUAAGAAUGCAGACUAAAGAAAAACCCUAUAAGUGUGAAAAAUGUGGGAAAGCUUUCAGUUGCCCCAAAUCCUUUCAUAGUCAUGUGAGAACUCACAGUCAACAAAAGAAAACUUGUAAGUAA